AUGACAAAUAUAAGACUAUGUCCACGACUUAAUUGUUUAAUUGUGGUACAAUCUAUUUCCGCAAAUCUCACGGCUGUUGGAGGGUCUCUGUACGGGCGAUGCUCGAACCGCGUCGAUUCUGUCAGAGCGUUGAACGUCGCGUCUGAUGCCAAGUACAACAUCCGUAACGCGAGGGCUGUUGGAGUGGGAGGCGGAGGUCCACUGAGUGCGCUAGAAGCAAUGGAUUUAUCUUCUAACUCCGCCCGCGCUAUCAGUGAGACUCAUCCUUUUGGUUAG